AGAUAGAUGAAUAUUGUACCUAUGACAGUCCAUAAAACGUAAGAGAUCAGAGGGUCUUAGGUGCACCCCAUUUGUCUCACUUUGUCAUUGUUUCAACAGCAGAACAGAACACCGUGUUCCUGAACACUCAUAUUGUAAGCUGGACUGCAGACAAAGACCGCGCAUACACACACACAUUAUUAUCUUACAUCAAGGAAACAAAUUCAAAGUUGAGUGAAGGUGAGCUAUGUUUAGUUGUAUGUGUCUUUUGUUGUUGUUGUGGGUGGGGGGUGGUACAGUAGAUAUGCAUGAGAGGUGUGUGUUAUGUGUGUUCAUAUGUAGUGGUUGCAGUCUGGCCAGUUUUAAAUCACUCUCACAAACUAAACUGCCCAGUUUUUCAUACGCAGGCCUGACUGAAGAAGAGGAUCUUGCCAUGUCCAGUGAUGUUAACAGGGAGGCUGUGUUCCAGGCGACAAAGGUUCGAACCCAUUUGAAAAAAGAUGGAAGCUGGAUCAACAGAUCUCAAAAUGUUGAGGACACACAGUCCGAUGUAAAAGCAAGUAAACAAAUAAAGUUAGGAAAACCUAAUAACAUGUCAUCACUUGAAAGCAGUUCGGUCUCUUCCUCCAUCAUGCCACGUGCAGAGAGUACCACUCCCUCCUCCGGCCUUGACUCAUCCACACCUCCACAAAGCUCUAAUGUCAUGUCAGCAUUAAGGAAAUUUGAUGCACAUCCUGUCCUUGAGGACUCCAGGAGAGCACAUGUAGGAAAAGCAGUGGAGACAUCCAUAGUCAAAGCUACAGAGCAACCACUAAAGACACCAGCAGAUGCUUCUGUAAAGGAAAUAGUGAAAAAACCAGUCACUAUACCUGUAGAGGAACCAUUGAAGACACAUGCAGACACUCCUAAAACAGACGUAGUGAAGAAACCUGUUGAAGAACCAUUGAAGACACCUACAGAUGUUCCUGUAAAAAACAUAGUGGAGAAACCUACAGAGAAAUCACUGAAGACACGCACAGAGACUGUAGAGGGAACAAGGAAGACACCUGUAGAUGGAGCUUCAACAGAUCAAACACAAUCCAGUGGAGUGCUGCAGGAGAAAACAGCCAAAACCCUACAUGAGAACCCAACAAAGCCUUCAGGAACACUGACUACAAAGAAUAAAGAAGAUGAUACAGCUGAACAAGUCUCAAUAGCACAUGCAACUGUAGUAGAGGCUCUACUCGAACCCAGACCGGCCGAAAACCAGCCUACAAGUGAAAAGGGGGAACUUUCACUAAUAUCUGCUCUGGAAACUCCAACUAAAGAAUCAUCAACUAGAUCAACUACAGAACCAACCAAAGAACCCCGUGUGACAGCCCUGGAAGAGAACCACAGACUGAACAGUCAAGCUAAACUGAAUAAAACCAUGUGUUCCUUCUGCAAGCUGCCCAUAGAUGGAAAUGUGAAAAUCUCCAUCAACAUUCCUGCCAUUUGCUGCCAUCCGGAUUGUUUCAAGUGUAAUGGUUGUGGCCAUCCUCUGGGCGAUCUCUCUUCAUAUAUGUACCACUAUGCUGGGAAAAUCCUCUGCGAGAAAUGCUUUGAUCAAAUCUUCCAGCUCUGAUGAGUCUUCCUACUGCAACCUACUCCACUACAACUUAUCACCAUGAUACCCAAGCACAUCUCAGUGUCUACCAGCAAGUUUGCUGUAAUUCAGCACUAAUUUAUAAAAAACAACAACAACAAAAAAUCAGUCUUUAUCAGUAGAGGAACUGGUGUCGUAGGUUUAUUGUACAUUGUUAAUUCAACAUCAUUUUUCAUUAAAUGGUCAGGUUGUGUGUGCUUGUCUUGCUAUUUACUGAUAAAAUUCCCCAUGGGGUUUAAUGAAGGAUUUCUCUCUUUCUGAUCAAUAUAUUCCUUGUCUUCUCUUCACAAUUCACUGUUUCAAAUGUAUUGAAAAAAAAUAUCAUAUCAGCUUAAAGGAGAAAUUUGCUUCCAGAAUGAAAAUUUCCUGAUAAUUUACUAACCCUUAUGUCAUUCAAAUGUUCAUGUAUUUCUUUCUUCAGUCGAACAUAAAUUAAGGUGGACUUCAAUGUGGAUCAAUGUGUUGAAGGUCCAAACAGUAGUUUUAAUGCAGCUUCAAAGGGCUUUACACAAUCCCAGCUGAAGAAUGUGUGAAAUGAAUCUAGUGAAAUGUUCAGUCAAGAAAAAUGCAAAUUUACAGACUUUUUAACCACAAAUGCUCACUAGCUCGACCUCAUGCAUAAUAAUCAUGCACGUGUGAUGUAGGCGGAUGUAGCAACCCCGUGUUUACAAAGCGAAAGAAUAAAGAAAGUCUUUACAUCUUUGCCAAAAAAGGUUAAACAAUGACGUUGGACGAUUUUGAAGUUAGGGGAGAAAAUGAGGUGGAGUUGUUCGCCAUACCCUACCUUUUUAACCGACAAGACAAAGAACUAAUCUUCAUGACUUUUCCAAUGUGAUUACACAAAGCAUGAAGUCAUGGAUGCACAUAACAGAGCUAGUGCAAAACAAGCAUUAGUGGUUAAAAAGUAUGCAAAAAGAAAACGCUAGGACCUUUGAAGCUGCAUGGAAACUGCAGAUUGGACUUUCAAUCCAUUGGCCACCAUUUGUUUGAGUAAAUUAUCAUUGCAAGGAAAUUUUCAUUCAGGCAUUGAACUUCUUUAACUUAUCCAGUUUACAUGUCUGUAGCUGUGAGACAAAUUGACAACACUGAUCAUCUGCUUUCAUUAAAGUUUAUUCAACACACAGUUUAUGUAAAUUCACUUUAGUCUGAAUUCUGCAUGUUUU